AUGCUUCGUCUGGCGUCGAUCGUGCUGGCGGUGGCGUUCUUGGUCUUGCCGGCAGCGUCGCCGUCCGCGGCGUCAGCGGUGGACGUGACGGCGACGGUGCCCUUCCAGAAGGUGUACACGCCGCUGUUCGGGUUCGACAACAUCCUCCGCUCCUCCGACGACCGCACCGUCAGCCUCCUCCUCGACCGCUCCACCGGGUCUGGGUUCAUCUCGUCGUCCAUGUACCACCACGGCUUCUUCAGCGCCUCCAUCAAGCUCCCGUCCGACUACACCGCCGGCGUGGUGGUGGCCUUCUACACCUCCAACGGCGACGUGUUCCAGAAGACGCACGACGAGCUGGACUUCGAGUUCCUGGGCAACAUCCGGGGCAAGCCGUGGCGGAUCCAGACCAACGUGUACGGCAACGGCAGCGUGAGCCGUGGCCGGGAGGAGCGCUACGUGCUGCCCUUCGACCCCACCACCGAGUUCCACCGCUACUCCAUCCUCUGGACCCGCGACGCCGUCGCCUUCUACGUCGACGACGUCCCCAUCCGCCACGUCAGCCGCUCGCGCGCCGGCGGCGACUUCCCGUCCAAGCCCAUGUCCAUCUACGGCACCGUCUGGGACGGCUCCAACUGGGCCACCUCGGGGGGCCGCUACCGCGUCAACUACCAACACGGGCCCUUCGUCGCCUCCUUCACCGACCUCGCCCUCGCCGGCUGCCCCGUCGACCAGAUGCUGCCCGCCCAUGGCUGCGCCGAGGCGGUGGCGGCGUCGGACCCCGCCGUGAUGACGCUCGCCAAGCUGCAGGCGAUGCGGCGGUUCAGGGAGCGCAACAUGGUUUACUCCUACUGCUACGACAAGAGGCGGUACCCGGUGCCCUUCGCGGAGUGCGACAUCGUCGAGUCGGAGAGCAAGAGGUUCAAGGAUAGUGGACACCUCCGGCUUGCGCUCAGGCGCCGCCGCACGGGACGCCGGCCGGGGAGGGCCGGCGGUGCCAAGGCUGACAUGUAGCGUAGAUCAAGAAAUGAUAUUUGGGUUAGAGACGGAACUUGAUUAUCGCUUUGCUAAAUCAAAAGGUCGAUCAUCUGAGAUCUUCUUAGCUCUGAGUCGGGGGAGAAUAAGAUCAGA